AUGUCGAUUCCCGAAUCCAAUUCCAUCCUCUCCAUCCUCACAGGAACCUGGACCCUCGACUCGGAGAACGAGAUCCAGAUCGUCUUCUACGAAAACGGCACCGGCGAACUCAUCCUCCGCCACAUCUUCAACGCAUGGAUCGCCGCCGAAACGCACUGGAAAUGCCUCUCCGCGGAACCUCUGGACCAAAUCCUCAUCCCCAACCCCGGACCCUCUUCUCCAGAAUCCCCCACCACCACCACCACCACCACCCUCCUCAUCUUCCCCCUAGAAAUAACCCUCACCCCCACCCCAUCACCACCCGCGGCCCCACAGACACCUACAUCCUCAACGGCGAGAACCUGCUCGACGCGGCCUUCGAGCCCAAGACGUACAUCGACCUGGGCGCCCGAGUAUAUGUAUCAGUUGGUGUUUGAUCGGUCGCCGUUUCCGCCGAGGGAGGAGUGGAGGGAUCAGGAGGGGGGGGUGCCGGAGCCGCCGUUUUUGAGGAUUGAGGGGUGGAGGGAGUUUUGUAGGGGGGUUUUAACAAGGGAGUGA